AUGGGAACAAAUAAUCACACGUGGGUGAGUGAAUUUAUUCUCCGUGGCCUAUCCAGUGACUGGGAUAUUCAAGCCUCACUCUUUGUCCUGUUCUUGGUCAUGUACCUGGUGACAGUGCUGGGGAACUUCCUCAUUGUUCUUCUGAUCAGACUGGACAGCAGACUCCACACUCCCAUGUACUUCUUUCUCACCAACCUCUCCCUUGUGGAUGUGUCUUAUGCCACCAGCAUAGUCCCUCAGCUGCUGGUGCAUUUUCUUGCAGAACAUAAAGCAGUCCCAUUUCUGAGCUGUGCAGCCCAGUUAUUUUUCUCCUUGGCCUUGGGUGGGAUUGAGUUUGUUCUGCUGGCAGUGAUGGCCUAUGACCGCUAUGUGGCUGUGUGUGACCCCCUGAGGUAUUCUUCUAUCAUGCAUUCAGGACUGUGUGCUAAAUUGGCCAUUACAUCAUGGGUCAGUGGCUCCACCAACUCUCUUAUGCAGACUGCUAUCACCUUUCAGCUACCCAUGUGCACAAACAAGUAUAUUGAUCAUAUAUCUUGUGAACUACUAGCUGUGGUCAGGCUGGCUUGUGUGGACACUUCCUCCAAUGAAGUGGCCAUCAUGGUUUCUAGCAUUGUGCUGCUGAUGACCCCCUUUUUCCUGGUUCUCUUGUCCUACAUCCAGAUCAUCUCCACCAUCCUAAAGAUACAGUCUAGAGAGGGGAGAAGGAAAGCCUUCCAUACCUGUGCCUCUCACCUCACUGUGGUUGCCCUGUGCUAUGGCAUGGCCAUUUUCACCUACACCCAGCCCCACUCCAGUUCUUCUGUCCUUCAGGACAAGUUGAUCUCUCUUUUCUAUGCUGUUUUCACCCCCAUGCUGAACCCUAUGAUUUAUAGUCUAAGGAAUAAAGAGGUGAAAGGGGCCUGGCAGAAAGUAUUAGUACAAUUUUCUGGAUUAACAUCAAAACUGUCAACUUGA